AUGGAAACCAAGACGAGCUGGACUAACUGGAAAGUCCAUGGUUCGAACCCGACCUCUGCCUGUCGAUUUCUUCUGUCUAGGCUUGGGCGAUCUGGCAAUAUCCCAGCCCUCGUGCCUCCUUCGUAUGGCACGGCAGCUGGGCACCGAAAGGUACCUCAAAUAUAUCAUCUCAAACAUAGUAACAAAUUCAGGAAGGUUCGGCAGUGCAGCUCAGCUUAUUUACGAAUAAAACGUAUUAGAAUACUUUUGGGGGUGAAUCUUAUCCCACGAUAUAUGAGCAAUGGUGAAAUUCUCGAAACAGUUGGGGAUGCCUUCUUAACCAGGGCAAAGAGUAUCAGGCAUCAUCGCAAUAGGGGACGAGAAUUUACUGACCUGAAGGUCCGUGGUUCGAACCCGACCUCUGUCUUUCGACUUCCCCUGUACAGGCUUCGGCAACCCGGCAGAAUUCCAGCCCUCGUGCCUCCUUCGUGUGGCAUUGGAGCUCGAUACCGAAAGGGUGUUACAGCUGAACGAAUAUGA